UCGCGCGUGCGUUGAAAGGCUGCGCUUACAAGGGCAAGUGCAGCGCCUGAGUCGACCUGUGCCAGCAAACAGCGCAUGGUAGUCAACGACUACCUCCAGGACGUUGAGUGUAGUUUCUCGUACGCGGGAGGGGAAUUGAGACAUCGCGUCUCAUUCCUAGUGAGUGACAAGCUCCCCAUGGAUAUGUUGUUAGGUAUGUACUACCUCUCUGUGGCACAGCCCCAGUUUGACUGGGACCGAAAAUUGGUCAAGCACACUUUGCCAGGCGGAGGGACCGCCAGAUUGCGUAAGUUCAAAGCUAGUAGUCUGAUUGGGUCCCACGGGUGCAUGUGUGCGACCGCGUUCUACAAUUAUUAUAAGCAAAAUCAGGAGGAGGGUAUGUAUCUAGUUUAUGUCUCUGCUGCAGGCGAGCCGGUGAAAAUGUCGCCGGAGGUAGAGGGAGUAGUUGCCAAGUACCCUGAUCUAUUUGAAGAGCCGACAGGGGUUGUUGAGAGGGAGGUCGUCCACGCGAUAGAGAUUAUCCCAGGGUCUAGCAUCCCGAAAGGUAGGAUCUAUUGGAUGUCUCCAGGCGAGCUCGAUGAGCUUCGCCGACAGCUCAAGGAAAUCGUAGAGAAGGGUCUGUUAGAGGGACAAGCCACGUACUCAGGCUCCUCUUGGGCUCCUGAAGCCCCUCCGAUUCCGGAAAGGCCUGGUGAGAGCCUGUCCAUGGACUUCAUGAAUACGCUGGUCACCAGCAAGAGUGGAAUGCGAUACAUCUACGCCAUUGUGGAUAGGUUUAGUAAGUUUGCUAGAUUAGUCGCAAUGUCGGCAACAACUAAAACGGAGUAUGUGAUUAAGAUGUUCAAAGAGAAUUGGGUUAGCGACUUUGGAUUACCUAAGUCCAUAGUUAGUGAUAGGGAUGUCCGAUUCACAAGUGAGUUGUGGAAAGCAGCAGCUGCAGAGCAAGGCACGCAACUGCAGAUGACAUCAGGCAAUCAUCCUGAGGCAAACGGGCAGGCUGAAGAAAUGAACCGCGUUGCUUGCGCUUUCCGGGAUGCGUACCAGGACCUCCGCAGGGCAGGUGCAGUGGUGAUCGGUGUCAGCAGUGACAGCCCGGAGUCCCAUAAGGAAUUUGCCAAGAAGUAUGAUCUCCCAUACGUCUUGCUGUCCGAUGAGGGUGGAGAGGCGCGCAAGGAGUGGGGAGUCCCUGGCGAUCUGUUUGGAAUCCUUCCCGGAAGGCAAACUUAUGUGAUUGACAAGAAGGGGAUAGUGCAGAUGGUUUUCAAUAACCAGUUUCAGCCAGAGAAGCAUGUUGAUGAGGCAUUGAAGAUUCUGACGGCAUAGAGGUUAAGAGGCGUACUAUUCGUUGUGCUGUCUGUAGUUAUUGUGUUCUUUAUAGAAAGCGGAGGGCCCUGCCAGAGGGAAGAGGGGUAGGAGGACAGAGGGAGAGAGGGAGAGAUGGAGAGAGGGAGAGAGGGGGAGAGGGAGAGAAGGAGACAGGAAGAGAGAGAGGAAGAGAGAGAAGAAGAGAGAGAGAGAGAGGAAGAGAAAAGGAGGGUACUACUGGAUCUGCUGCCUUCUUUGCUUCUGCGAGCAGAGUCUUUUUGCCCCUUUCCUUUUGCCUUGCUCUUCUUGGUCGUGGUCUUCUUCCAUUUUGAAAAGAGAAUUCUGUGAAAAAAAGCAUUCCAUGUUGAUUUGCUGUUUUUUUUUUUUUUUUAACUCAUCUAUAUUCUUCUCUCCAUUUCUCUCUAUAGAUUUUCUCUCUCUUUUUUUCUUUUUUUUUUCUCAGUCCAUGGUGUUGUAGAGGCCAGUCACUGAGUGCACAGCGAUCACCUGGAGCAGUAGGCCGUGGGUGUCCUGGAAUAUGAGACCACCUCCCAUCCCAUCCUCACGUCAAUACUCCUAGCGCACCCCCUAUCUCACUAUCCUACCUCAGUGUGACCAGCACUCAGGACCAUUACCCUACCAAUGGGCAGGUAACUGGGACCGAACAGCAGUGAUGGGCACCAGGGCUGAUAGGUUGCCCAUCCCUGGUCGAAGCGGAAUCGGACGAGCCUUGUCGAACGGGAACUUCGGACACCAGGCCCAGACACUCUACUACAGGCCCCAAGAGACUCUGGGCCCUAGGUUUAGACAGGGUAGCACCCAUUGAAGCAGUCCUACCGUCCUUCCCCUAGCUUACCCAAGGCCAGGCGGAACUCGGACUGGCCUGAGGGACUUAUACCCCUACCCUUACCCUAGGGUCUAAGCCUUAUAUAUAGCCACUAGAUAGUUCUUUUUUUUUUUCUUUUAUCUUUUUUAACUCAAACCCUGCCAGUGUUAGUGGUGCUGAUAAGAGCAGACCCCACUAGCACAUGGGGAGUGGCUCCAUCUAUUGGUGGGGAGCAGCACCUGCUGGAAAACGGGUCCAGCGUCCCAUUAUACAGGCUGAAUUUGGAAUGUAACAAAACAGUGUUGUGUGAGAUUCCUGCCAGCAUUGAUUGCCCCGGGAACCGGGGGAUUGACUGAGCAGGCAAUUGGAGAAGGGGGGGGGGGGGGACCUCUUCGCCCUGAACUCGGCGCCAGAUCCCUGCUGCAACACCCUAGUUCCUCCCUCCCCCUAUAAUGAGUACUUUGUAGACCAGCCAAAUGACUGAGCAAGAAGUGGAACAUUUUGAAGGGAUGAUUUACUGAGCAAGUUGCUGACAUCCCUAGUGUGGAAAAUCAAAUCAUCUAUAACUACUUACUAGGAAUUUACCUGACUCUGAGCUGCACCAUUGAUAGCCUCUUUCCCAGUCUUAGGAGGACUGGCCAGGUGGGGAGGGGGAUGAGGGGAGACAGUUCUAUCCGAAUAUCAGUAGGAACUCCGAUGGCCCUUACCUGUCCCUACUGCAGAUACUAGACCCCACCAGUGACUAGACCCCCCCAGUCAGAUAGUUGUGUAGUUUGCAAUCUAUGUGUGUACCCGAAGGCUAUGUAUGCUUCGUGUAUCUAUGUAUCAAGAUGUACAGACAGCACCAUGUGUGGAAACUUGUGUAUGUAGCCCGUAGGCCAUGUAUAAUUUGCAAGCUAUGUAUAUGCCCAAAGGUUGUGUGUGCUCUGUGAAUCAAUGUAUCGAGAUGUA